CACCCACUUUCCUUAUUAGGGCAGAGUCGGGUGCCCAGAGCCGGCGGCCGGGCGAGGGGUGGGGCGGGGAGCCCUGGGGCGAGACGGCCGAGGGCGCAAGCACAGCCUCAGCCGCAGCCGCCUCAGAGCGGCAGGAGGGAGCAGUCGGUCGCUGCGUCCCGGCGGGCCACUUUCCCGGGACCCCGCUCAUCUUCCUUGGGCCGAGAUUUUCCACUGCGCCCCUCCGAGUACCCGGGUUCCAAACCCUUAGCCACGACAUGGAAGAAUUUUUGCAACGCGCCAAAUCUAAACUGAAUCGAAGCAAACGCUUGGAGAAGGUCCAUGUGGUUAUUGGGCCUAAAUCGUGUGACUUGGAUUCUCUGAUUUCUACCUUCACAUAUGCUUACUUUCUAGACAAGGUCAGUCCACCAGGGGUUCUGUGUUUACCAGUGCUGAACAUACCAAGAACUGAAUUCAACUACUUCACCGAGACAAGGUUUAUUUUAGAAGAGCUAAAUAUUUCCGAAUCAUUCCACAUAUUCCGGGAAGAAAUUAACCUGCAUCAGCUAAAUGAUGAAGGGAAGUUAUCGAUAACACUUGUUGGCAGUAAUGUGCUGGCGAGUGAAGACAAAACUUUAGAAUCAGCAGUUGUCAAAGUCAUUAAUCCGGUUGAGCAGAGCGAUGCCAACGUUGAGUUCCGAGAGUCUUCCUCUUCUCUCGUGCUGAAGGAGAUUCUCCAGGAGGCUCCUGAGCUCAUCACCGAGCAACUGGCUCAUCGCCUCAGAGGUAGCAUUCUUUUCAAGUGGAUGACCAUGGAAUCAGAGAAGAUCUCAGAGAAGCAGGAGGAAAUUCUUUCUAUCCUGGAAGAAAAAUUUCCUAACUUGCCUCCAAGAGAGGACAUCAUCAACGUCCUACAGGAGACCCAGUACAGUGCUCAGGGUUUAAGUAUUGAACAGACAAUGUUGAAAGAUCUAAAGGAACUGUCAGAUGGAGAAAUAAAAGUGGCCAUUAGUACUGUGAGCAUGAACCUUGAGAACUGUCUGUUUCACAGCAAUAUUACCAGUGACUUGAAAGCAUUUACAGACAAGUUUGGUUUUGAUGUCCUCAUCCUGUUCUCCAGCUAUCUGUCAGAGGAGCAGCAGCCAAGACGACAGAUUGCUGUGUACUCAGAAAACAUGGAGCUGUGCAGUCAGAUUUGCUGUGAGCUGGAAGAGUGUCAGAACCCUUGCCUAGAACUGGAGCCCUUUGACUGUGGCUGUGAUGAGAUCCUGGUGUACCAGCAAGAGGACCCUUCGGUGACUUGUGAUCAGGUGGUUCUCGUUGUCAAGGAAGUCAUCAACAGGAGGUGUCCAGAGAUGGUCUCCAACAGCCGGACGUCCUCAACAGAAGCCGUGGCAGGCAGUGCCCCCCUCUCCCAGGGGUCUUCUGGGAUUAUGGAAUUGUAUGGUUCUGACAUAGAGCCACAACCCAGCUCUGUGAAUUUCAUAGAGAACCCUCCAGAUCUCAAUGAUUCUAACCAGGCUCAGGUGGAUGCCAACGUAGACCUUGUUAGCCCAGACAGCGGACUGGCUACCAUUAGGAGCAGCCGCUCAUCCAAGGAGAGCUCUGUUUUCCUCAGUGAUGACAGCCCUGUGGGAGAAGGUGCUGGGCCUCACCACACCCUCCUCCCAGGGCUUGACCCCUACAGCCCCAUCCCUGAAGGGGCGGUGGCGGAGGAACACGCAUGGUCUGGAGAACACGGUGAACACUUCGACCUCUUCAAUUUUGACCCAGCACCCAUGGCUUCUGGACAGUCCCAGCAAUCUUCUCAUUCUGCAGACUACUCCCCAGCAGAUGACUUCUUCCCCAACAGUGACCUGUCAGAAGGACAGCUCCCCGCUGGGCCUGAAGGACUUGAUGGCAUGGGAACCAACGUGUCUAAUUAUUCAUCCAGUUCACUUUUGUCGGGGGCUGGCAAAGAUAGCCUUGUGGAAUAUGAUGAGGAGUUUGUCCAGAGACAAGACAGUCCCAGAGAUAACUCUGAAAGAAAUUUCAGCCUGACAGAUUUUGUGGGAGAUGAAUCCCCUUCCCCAGAAAGGCUAAAAAAUUUUGGAAAGAGGAUCCCACCAACACCCAUGAAUAGUUUAGUAGAAAGCUCGCCAUCCACUGAAGAACCAGCCUCACUCUAUACAGAAGAUAUGACCCAAAAAGCAACUGACACAGGUCACAUGGGGCCAUCUCAGACCCAUGCACGGUGCAGCAGCUGGUGGGGUGAUUUGGAAAUUGACUCCAAAAAUAUUGCAGAUGCGUGGAGUUCCAGUGAACAGGAAUCUGUUUUCCAGAGCCCUGAAUCAUGGAAAGAGCAUAAGCCAAGCUCCAUUGAUAAGACAGCCUCAGAUUCUGUAUUUCAACCAAAGAGUCUUGAAUUUACAAAGUCAGGUCCCUGGGAGUCUGAAUUUGGUCAGCCUGAACUGGGUAGCAAUGAUAUUCAAGACCAAAAUGAGGAAAGCUUGCCGUUCCAGAACCUGCCUGUGGAGAAGUCACCUUUGCCAAAUACAUCUCCCCAAGGAACAAACCACCUGAUAGAAGACUUUGCUUCUUUGUGGCAUUCUGGUCGCUCUCCCACAGCCAUACCCGAGCCCUGGGGAAAUCCUACAGAUGAUGGUGAACCAGCAGCUGUGGCACCAUUCCCAGCCUGGAGUGCAUUUGGUAAAGAAGAUCAUGCUGAAGCUUUAAAAAAUACCUGGAAUUUGCACCCAACAAGUGGCGAGACACCUUCUGUUAGGGACCCGAAUGAGUGGGCCAUGGCAAAAAGUGGGUUGGCCUUUUCUUCUUCAGAACUACUGGACAAUUCACCCAGUGAAAUAAACAAUGAAGCAGCUCCAGAAAUCUGGGGCAAGAGAAACAAUGACUCCAGGGAUCACAUCUUUGUACCUGGAAAUCCCAGUUCUGAUCUGGAUCACACAUGGACUAAUUCUAAGCAACCAAAAGAUCAGAAUGGUUUAGUGGAUCCUAAAACUAGGGGCAAGGUGUAUGAAAAGGUAGAUUCCUGGAACCUUUUUGAGGAGAAUAUGAAGAAAGGAGGGUCAGAUGUCUUAGUUCCUUGGGAAGAUUCCUUCUUAUCUUACAAAUGUUCUGAUUACAGUGCAUCCAACCUAGGAGAAGAUUCGGUGCCUUCCCCCUUAGAUACCAAUUAUUCCACCUCAGACUCUUACACAUCACCAACAUUUGCUGGAGAUGAAAAGGAAACUGAACACAAGCCAUUUGCUAAAGAGGAAGGUUUUGAGUCAAAAGAUGGUAACUCCACGGCAGAGGAGACUGACAUUCCUCCUCAGUCACUGCAACAGUCAUCUCGAAAUCGAAUCAGUUCAGGUCCUGGGAACCUCGACAUGUGGGCUUCACCUCAUACAGAUAACAGUUCUGAAAUAAAUGCCACUCACGACCUGGAUGAAAAUGAACUCAAGACAGAGCACACAGAUGGUAAGAAUGUCUCCAUGGAGGAUGAUGUCGGGGAAAGCAGCCAGUCCAGUUACGACGACCCCAGCAUGAUGCAACUGUACAAUGAAACAAACCGACAACUUACACUUUUGCACAGCAGCACCAACUCCCGGCAGACGGCCCCUGACAGUCUCGACUUGUGGAACAGAGUGAUUUUGGAGGAUACUCAGUCCACUGCAACGAUCUCAGAUAUGGACAAUGAUUUGGACUGGGAUGACUGCAGUGGGGGUGUAGCAAUCCCCAGUGAUGGUCAAACAGAAGGAUACAUGGCUGAAGGUUCCGAGCCGGAAACCCGAUUUACAGUGAGACAGCUGGAACCCUGGGGCUUGGAGUAUCAGGAAGCAAAUCAGGUAGAUUGGGAGCUCCCUGCCUCUGAUGAGCAUACCAAGGACAGUGCUCCCAGUGAACAUCACACACUGAAUGAGAAAAGUGGGCAGCUAAUUGCAAACAGUAUUUGGGAUUCUGUCAUGAGAGAUAAAGACAUGUCAUCAUUCAUGUUACCAGGCUCCUCACAUAUCACAGAUUCAGAGCAAAGCGAAUUGCCUCCUGAAAUCCCCAGCCAUUCAGCAAAUGUUAAAGACAUUCACUCCCCAGAUGCGCCAGCAGCCUCUGGAACCAGUGAAUCAGAGGCACUUAUAUCUCAUCUUGACAACCAGGACACAGAGAGGGAAACCCUGCAAAGUGAUGCAGCAUCCUUGGCGACUAGGCUUGAGAAUCCAGGGCAUUUUGCACACCCAGAUCCAUGGAAAGGUCAUGGCGAUGGACAAAGUGAAAUUGAGAAGGAAGCCCAGGGAGCCACCGACAGGGGGCACCUUGAUGAAGAGGAGGUGAUCGCCUCUGGUGUGGAGAAUGCCUCAGGGAUUUCUGAAAAAGGGCAGAGUGACCAGGAACUAUCUUCUCUGGUUGCAUCUGAACAUCAGGAAAUCUGCGUUAAAUCAGGCAAAAUCAGCUCUCUUGCUGUCACUUUCAGUCCUCAAACUGAGGAACCAGAGGAAGUUUUAGAGUGUGAGGCGGGGUCUUACAAUCUAGACUCCCGUGAUGUGCAAACAGGGAUGUCCGCAGAUAACCUGCAGCCAAAAGAUACCUAUGAAAAGCACCUCAUGAGUCAGAGAAAUUCAGGUGAAACUACUGAGACUUCAGAUGGGAUGAAUUUCACAAAAUAUGUAUCUGUACCUGAAAAGGAUCUUGAGAAAACUGAAGAAUGUAACAUUCUAGAGCCAGAGAACGUGGGUGGAGGGCCACCUCACAAAGUUCCCCGAAGUCUUGACUUUGGGGACGUCCCUAUAGACAGUGAUGUGCAUGUCAGCAGCACACGUUCUGAGAUAACCAAAAAUCUUGACGUUAAGGGGACUGAAAAUAGCCUUCCAGGAGCCGGUUCAUCUGAAAAUUUCGACAGUGAUACUAUUUCUAGUGAGUAUACUCAUUCAAGUGCAUCAAGUCCUGAGUUAAAUGACUCUUCGGUUGCACUGUCCUCCUGGGGCCAACAACCUAGUUCCGGGUAUCAGGAAGAAAACCAAGGCAACUGGAGUGAACAGAAUCACCAAGAAUCUGAACUAAUUACCACUGAUGGCCAAGUAGAAAUAGUUACCAAAAUGAAGGAUUUAGAGAAAAACAGAAUAAAUGAGUUUGAAAAGAGCUUUGAUCGCAAAACUCCUACAUUUUUAGAGAUCUGGAAUGACUCGGUUGAUGGUGAUUCCUUUUCCUCUUUAUCCAGUCCUGAAACAGGCAAAUAUUCUGAACAUUCAGGGACACAUCAGGAAAGCAAUCUAAUUGCUAGCUACCAGGAGAAAAAUGAACAUGACAUUUCUGCAACUGUGCAGCCAGAGGAUGCCAGGGUCAUUUCAACAAGCUCAGGUUCUGAUGAUGACAGUGUCGGUGGUGAAGGGUCAGUGGAGGAAGAGAUCCAGGUGGCCAACUGCCACGUUGCUGAGGAUGAAUCCAGAGCUUGGGAUUCAUUGAAUGAAUCUAAUAAGUUCUUGGUCACAGCUGAUCCUAAGUCUGAAAAUAUUUAUGACUACCUAGACAGCUCAGAGCCAGCAGAGAAUGAGAAUAAGUCAAACCCAUUCUGUGACAAUCAACAAAGCAGCCCUGAUCCCUGGACUUUCUCACCAUUAACGGAGACUGAAAUGCAGAUUACAGCAGUGGAGAAGGAGACGAGAUCUUCUCCAGAAACAGGGAAGACAGGAGAUGUUGCAUGGCAAAUAUCUCCCAAAGCUGAACCAAAGAACGAAGAUAAUUCUCAACUGGAAAUGCUGGGCUUCUCAGCUGGUAGCACUGAGUGGUGGAAUGCCUCACCCCAGGAAGGGAGACUAAUUGAAAGUCCAUUUGAAAGGGAGCUGUCUGACUCCAGUGGUGUGUUGGAGAUAAAUUCUUCAGUAUACCAAAACGCCAGUCCCUGGGGAGUACCAGUUCAGGGUGAUAUUGAGCCCGUGGAAACACACUAUACUAAUCCUUUUAGUGACAACCAUCAGUCACCCUUUCUGGAAGGUAAUAGGAAGAACUCCCAUGAGCAACUCUGGAACAUUCAACCAAGGCAGCCAGACCCAGAUGCUGACAAGUUCAGCCAGCUUGUAAUAUUAGACCAAAUUAAAGAAAAGGACUCAAGAGUGCAAACCUUUGUGUCUGCUGCUGGUGAUGAGCUGACUCCUGAAACACCUACCCAAGAGAAGUGUCAGGACGCCAUGCUGUCAGUCUGCGAUCAGCCAGACGCAGCCUUUACUCACGCAGAGGAAAAUAGUUGUGUUACAUCUAAUGUUUCAACUAAUGAAGGUCAAGAAACAAAUCAGUGGGAACAAGAAAAAUCAUACCUAGGUGAGAUGACAAAUUCAAGCAUUGCCACAGAAAAUUUUCCUGCUGUCAGUUCUCCCACCCAACUGAUAAUGAAGCCAGGCUCUGAAUGGGAUGGCUCUACCCCAAGUGAGGACUCCCGAGGUACCUUUGUGCCAGAUAUUUUACAUGGCAACUUUCAAGAGGGUGGGCAGCUGGCCUCUGCCACGCCUGACUUGUGGACAGAUGCUAAGAAGCCCUUCAGUUUGAAAGCAGAUGGUGAGAAUCCUGAUAUCCUGACACACUGCGACCAUGACAGCAAUUCUCAGGCUUCCAACAGCCCUGAUAUAUGUCAUGAUUCUGAAGCAAAGCAAGAGACUGAGAAGCACCUCAGUGCUUGUAUGGGACCUGAAGUGGAAUCCAGUGAGCUUUGUCUCACUGAGCCAGAGAUAGAUGAAGAACCCAUUUAUGAGCCUGGACAGGAGUUUGUCCCAUCCAAUGCAGAACUCGAUUCUGAAAACGCAACUCUGCUGCCUCCAAUUGGCAAUCAAGCAGACAUAAAGGGCUCCUCUCAGCCCGCCUCUCAUAAAGGUUCACCUGAACCUUCUGAAAUAAACGGUGACAACAGUACAGGUUUACAACUAUCAGAAAAAGGAGGCAGCCCAGAUAUGGCACCAAUUUUGGAACCAGUUGACAGAAGAAUCCCAAGGAUUGAAAAUGUGGCAACUAGCAUUUUUGUAACUCACCAAGAGCCAACUCCAGAAGGUGACAGUUCUUGGAUAUCAGACAGCUUUUCUCCUGAAAGUCAGCCUGGUGCAAGAGCUUUGUUUGAUGAUGAUCCACAUUUAUCCACAGAGAAUCCUGUCAUGGUUCCUGAUGCUUUGCUAGCCUCAGACACUUGUCUGGAUAUAAGCGAAGCUGCCUUUGACCACAGUUUCAGCGAUGCCUCAGGUCUCAACACAUCCACGGGAACAAUAGAUGACAUGAGUAAACUGACAUUAUCCGAAGGCCAUCCCGAAACGCCAGUUGAUGGGGACCUAGGGAAGCAAGAUAUCUGCUCAUCUGAAGCCUCGUGGGGUGAUUUUGAAUACGAUGUAAUGGGCCAGAAUAUCGAUGAAGAUUUACUGAGAGAGCCUGAACACUUCCUGUAUGGUGGUGACCCUCCUUUGGAGGAAGAUUCUCUGAAGCAGUCUCUGGCACCAUACACACCUCCCUUUGAUUUGUCUUAUCUCACAGAACCUGCCCAGAGUGCUGAAACAAUAGAGGAAGCUGGGUCUCCAGAGGAUGAAUCUCUGGGAUGCAGAGCAGCAGAGAUAGUGCUUUCUGCACUUCCUGAUCGAAGAAGUGAGGGAAACCAGGCUGAGACCAAAAACAGACUGCCUGCAUCCCGGCUGGCUGUGCUGCAUAUUCCUGAAGACCCUGAGUCCGUUUAUUUGCCGGUAGGAGCAGGCUCCAACAUUUUGUCUCCAUCAAACAUUGACUGGGAAGUAGAAACGGAUAAUUCUGAUUUACCAGCAGGUGGAGACAUAGGACCACCAAAUGAUGUCAGCAAGGAAAUAUCAGAAUUGGAAGAAGAAAAAACAAUUCCUACCAAAGAGCCUGAGCAGAUAAAAUCAGAAUACAAGGAAGAAAGACGUACAGAGAAGAAUGAAGAUCGUCAUGCACUACACAUGGAUUACAUACUUGUAAACCGUGAAGAAAAUUCACACUCAAAGCCGGAGGCCUGUGAAGAAAGAGAAAGCAUAGCUGAUUUAGAAUUGUACGUAGGUUCCAAAGAAACAGGGCUGCAGGGAACUCAGUUAGCAAGCUUCCCAGACACAUGUCAGCCAGCCUCCUUAAAUGAAAGAAAAGGUCUCUCUGUAGAGAAAAUGUCUUCUAAAGGCGAUACGAGAUCAUCUUUUGAAAGCCCUGCACAAGACCAGAGUUGGAUGUUCUUGGGCCAUAGUGAGGUUGGUGAUCCAUCACUGGAUGCCAGGGACUCAGGGCCUGGGUGGUCUGGCAAGACUGUGGAGCCAUUCUCUGAACUCAGCUUGGGUGAGGGUCCCCAGCUGCAGAUUCUGGAAGAAAUGAAGCCUCUAGAAUCUUUAGCACUAGAGGAAGCCUCUGGUCCAGUCAGCCAAUCACAGAAGAGUAAGAGCCGAGGCAGGGCUGGCCCGGAUGCAGUUACGUUGCAGGCUGUCACCCAUGACAAUGAAUGGGAAAUGCUUUCACCACAGCCUGUUCAGAAAAACAUGAUCCCUGACACAGAAAUGGAGGAGGAGACAGAGUUCCUUGAGCUCGGAACCAGGAAACCAAGACCAAAUGGACUACUGUCAGAGGAUGUAGGAAUGGACAUCCCCUUUGAAGAGGGCGUGCUGAGUCCCAGUGCUGCAGACAUGAGGCCUGAACCUCCUAAUUCUCUGGAUCUUAAUGACACUCAUCCUCGGAGAAUCAAGCUCACAGCCCCAAAUAUCAAUCUUUCUCUGGACCAAAGUGAAGGAUCUAUUCUCUCUGAUGAUAACUUGGACAGUCCAGAUGAAAUUGACAUCAAUGUGGAUGAACUUGAUACCCCCGAUGAAGCAGAUUCUUUUGAGUACGCUGGCCAUGAAGAUCCCACAGCCAACAAAGAUUCUGGCCAAGAGUCAGAGUCUAUUCCAGAAUAUACGGCCGAAGAGGAACGGGAGGACAACCGGCUUUGGAGGACAGUGGUGAUUGGAGAACAAGAGCAGCGCAUUGACAUGAAGGUCAUCGAGCCCUACAGGAGAGUCAUUUCUCAUGGAGGAUACUAUGGGGACGGUCUAAAUGCCAUCAUUGUGUUUGCCGCCUGUUUUCUGCCAGACAGCAGUCGGGCGGAUUACCACUAUGUCAUGGAAAAUCUUUUCCUAUAUGUAAUAAGUACUUUAGAGUUGAUGGUAGCUGAAGACUAUAUGAUUGUGUACUUGAAUGGUGCAACCCCAAGACGGCGGAUGCCAGGGCUAGGCUGGAUGAAGAAAUGCUACCAGAUGAUUGACAGACGGUUGAGGAAGAAUUUGAAAUCAUUCAUCAUUGUUCAUCCAUCUUGGUUCAUCAGAACAAUCCUUGCUGUGACACGACCUUUUAUAAGUUCAAAAUUCAGCAGUAAAAUUAAAUAUGUCAAUAGCUUAUCAGAACUCAGUGGGCUGAUCCCAAUGGAUUGCAUCCACAUUCCAGAGAGCAUCAUCAAGUACGAUGAAGAGAGAUCUUAUAAGAGAAGUGUGAGACUGGAUGAAGAACUGAGGGAAGCAUCAGAGGCAGCUAAAACUAGCUGCCUUUACAAUGAUCCAGAAAUGUCUUCUAUGGAGAAGGAUAUUGACUUGAAGCUGAAAGAAAAGCCCUAGUUGGCCACGCUGGAAGAAGAGGAUGCUUUUCUGGUUCAUGGUUCUGUUGAAACAUAUCUACCUGAAAGAGACAGGGCUGAUGUUACCUUUUUCCACUUUGCACUACCUGGUGCCAUUCUAAAUUUCUAAGGGGAAAAAUAGGAAGAAAGUUUGUUUACUCUUAAGAUAUUUUAUGAAAUUGUGUGUACUUUCCUAUUUUGCCAAUUAUGUGCCUCAAAGAUUUUAGUUGAGCCUUAGCAAGAAAGUAGGACCUUCCAUUUCAAUACUUCGUUAACACGGUGCAGUGAUACUUUGUCCCUUAGACUGGUGUUUACCAGUAAGAUACCUUUAAUCCACUGUUAAGUAUGAGUGGAUUUGUUUCCAUAGAUUAGCUGGAUUUCCUUUUGCAGAUUGUUUCCCCUGUUUGACUCCACCUUUAAAUCCUAAGCCUGACUAGGACAGCCACAAACCACACAAGGUGUAAAACCAUCAUCAGCUAAGUGCCCGCUUUGUUCUUGUUUACCAGAAUCUCCUUUAACUUCUCAAAGGGAAGCCGGGCUUUCUAAUCCACAUCAACUUUAUUUUAGUUGUCAAAUUGGGCAUUAUAUUUUAUGUAAAUUAGUCUUUUAAUAGAUCAUUUUUCUGAUGAAUGUUGGUGACCUCCACAUUGCGAAAUUUAAGAAUCCGUGUUGCAUGUUUGGUAGCUCUCUGAGCUUCAGGCCAUAAACUCAGCUCCAGAGUUUACCUUUUAAGUGCCAAGAACUCAAGGGCAAGGUGGCCUACUCAAAAAUCAUUUGGUAGCAUUCAGUUAUUCAUGAAUUCCUCUCUCGCAUGCAUUAUAAAAAGUGAUCUGCUUUAAAACACUGUAAUCUGAUCAUAGGCUUAAAAUUAAAUAUGAGUAUGUGCUUUCAUGUACAAAAUAUUUCCUUUAUAGUCUUCAUAUGCCCUUUAAAAUGCCAACAAGAUUUCAAGGCUGUAGGCCUCUAGUGAGGUGAGGUGGCAAACCACAGCUAAGUCUAGCUCACCACUGUAAGCUAAGAAUGGUUUUUACAUUUUGGGUUGGAAAAAAUUUUUUGGAAUAUUUCAUGACAUAUGAAAAUUAUUCAAAUGUUAGUACCGAUAAAUAAAGUGUUACUGAAACACAGCCACACAAACUUGUUUUUGUACUGUCUACAGCUGCUUUCACACUACAGCCGCAGAGCUGAGCAGUUCAGCAGACCAUAUGUCCCACAAUGCCUAAAACAUUGACUAUGUUUACAAAAAAAGUUUGCUGACCCUUGCUGUAGCAAACGCAUCCUUUCCUACUCCACCCAAUUUGUAUUUAGAUAGUUUCUCUAACAGAACGGACAAAUGAGGCUGCAAACUAAUUUAUUUUUGUCAAAAAUCAAUGUUUUGACAUCCACAGACAGUGAAAUAAAAGAAAUGGCUUGCUGAAAAACAUGAGGAGGCCUAGCCACAAAAUCACUGCUUAGGUUGCAAUUGCCAAAAUGAAGCCUUCUUAGAAGCACUUCUUUAGUAUAUACAGGUGUUGGCUGAAGUCUGUGCCUCACUCUGGGAACCAUUCUUAGUCUCCAGUGUCUCCUAUUACAAAGAAGCUGGCAGAAAUAAAAAUGAAGGGGAGAGAGGGGUUCCACCCUAGUCUCAUGGUGGAAAAUUCAUUGGGGAGAGCUGUCCAGGAUACUUGGAGCCCUGGGUAGAAGGAGCUUGUAACUGCUUUAAAGUAGACGUCUUUGCACAGGUGAUUAAGUUUCUCUGACCUCAUUGCUUCACGUCUGUCUCCUCCUGUCCUUCCGCACGUGCCCACACACAUGCAGGUCAGCCCUCUUUCCUCCAUAAGCCUCCAUCGUUUUCUCCCUUCUCCCCUUGAUCCUUUCACGUGAGUAUCUUGUUGAAUUGUAUGUUCUGUUGGAUCUCCUCCUUCAUAACAUCUGGCUUGUUGGACAGAAAAACCCUACAGCCCACCCCCUCCCACAGCCCACCUCCACUUUUGAAAGCCCAAAUUACACCUCUCUCAGAACACAGUGUUGACGUAAAUACAGUUACACAAUAUUCCUGUUUGUUCACCUAUUUGCUACUUUCACUCAGUAGCGUCCCAUUUUGUAAAAUGAAUUCCAUGGUCACCCUGUCACAGGAAGUAAUGAAAAAUCCAGUGUUCAGUGUAGUGGUGCAAACCUGAGGGCAUAGAGCUGUUCAUAGAGGGCUCUUGUUAUAGCCAAACAGACACAGCAACAAUCUCACCAUUUAUAUGUAUAUUUUUAACUUGUCCAGCUCAUCUAUGGAAAACUACUCAGGUGGUAUGCUGUUUGAAGCCUCAUCUUCCUACAUGAAAAUUAUGGGCAUUUGUCCCAAUGAUUUUGUUUCAGCUGUUCUGUAGGCUGCAUAACCACUCUGACAUUUAGGUAUCUGCUAUUUUAUUAUCUUAAAAGACAAUUUAAUUGCAUGUGCUAGGGAAAAGCUACCAUGUAAAUUCACCCCAAGUAAAUAGAAUCCUAGAUGAAUCCUAGAAAAAUAAUCCCUAAGCAGAUAGGUAGACAGAGGUAAACAUUCACAUGAUUUAGCUCUCUAGCUCUUGCACUCUGAACAUUCUUGCUUUGGUUCUGACUUCUGGGAACUGCUUUGCAUUUCCCCUAUAGAUCUGUAGUUAAGGGAACCAAGGGGUCACUGGGGCAAAAGCAUUGUUUCUCAAAGCUCCUUGAUUAAGAGAAAGAACAGAAAUUUGCACAGAAGAUACUGUCAAGGAGUGAGAAAGUUUGUUUGAGGGCAGUAGGUCAGUGUGGAAGAAAAUACUGAAGUUUCUGUUGAAGCCAUACAAUGUUCUAUGGGGUUACUCUCUAAGACAUUCUCUGAGGUGUGUGAGGAAGUCACUACUCCUAGCCUUUGUUAAGAUGUAAUUUUAAGUAUUCAGUUAUGGUACUAUGUUUGCAACUCUUGUCUUAUCACAAUGCCUCAGUAGUUUGUUCCCUUAGAAACAUUUAGAUGUGCACAAAUUAAUCUUUUAUAUAUCUAAAGGUUUUUCUAUCAUGUAUUGGAUUGCUCAGAAUAAAGUGUCUAUUAGACUUCGUUUUGGUAAAUAAAUUCUCCUUCAUGUAGAUUAAUAAUAUAAAAGUCUGUAAUGACACAAUAUAUCUAUAUAGCCUCACUGUAUAAUUCAGAAAUAAAAAUUGAUUCUGCA